AUGUGUAUCCCAGAGACCUACGCUGGCUUGGCCACAGCGCUGAAUCCGUGGUUGGUGGAACACGGAUUGACACGGCUUCCACGGUUAUUUGCUUGCCUUGAGGACAUGCAUGCCAUCAUGCUCCUUCAUGGUGCGUACAUGGGUCGCGUGGACGUCGUGGAGGUUGCGCUCAACGACUGCGGUGUGUCGCCUGCCAUGACGAUGUUGAUGAUCGACUUGGCUGCAUGGAACAACCAACGUCUGAUUCUCGACUAUUUCCAGCAGCAUCCACAUGCCACUGGCUGGAAAUGCUCGUCGUUUGCAUUGGUCGCGGCAGCCAGAAGUGGCCAUGUUCACAUUGUUCGAUUCCUCCACAGCCAGUUUCCAUCGGUGCCGUGUACUGAAGACGCCAUGGACAUGGCUGCAGAAGGAGGGCAUUUCAACAUGGUGGAGUUUCUACAUGUCCACUGCGAAGGAUGCACGGAGCUGGCAAUGGAUUUGGCGUGUGAGCAUGGCCAUUUGGAUGUGGCCCGAUGGUUGCACGAGCAUCGGAGUUGGGAAGGGUUUACUGAGUGUGCGUUCGACAAGGCUGCGGGAAAUAACCAUAUGGCCGUUGUGGAGUUCCUGCACUUUGAACUCGACGCGCCAAGCACCGAGAAGGCCAUGGACUUGGCUGCCGAGAAUGGGCACUUGGGGAUGGUCCUAUGGCUCCAUGAGCACCGGUCGUUCCAAGGCUGCUCCGAACGAGCUCUGGGUAUGGCGGCGGCCAAGGGCCAUCUAGACGUGGUGAAGUGGCUCCACGCGAAUCGAAGUGAAAGUGGUAGUCCUAGUGGGUUUGCUGGUGGUGCAGCCGCAGGAGGUUUGGAGAUGAUGGAGUGGUUGAUGGCACAUUGCCCUGACUGUGAUUUGUACAAGGGAGCAAUGGGGAAGGCAUCCAAAGAUGGGCUCCUGGAAGUGGUCCAGUGGUUACUGAGCCACGGACAAGAAGUGACUGAAGCUGCCGUCGACGACGCGUGUUUGGGUGGUCACAUGGAUGUGAUUAAAUGUCUGUUCCAACAUCGCCCGAGCGCUUUCACGUCGGGCGCAUUCCAUAGUGCGAUUGAAGGUGGCCAUUUGGAAUUGGUCAAGUGGCUGUAUUAUGACCUCGGCAUCACGCACCGUGACGCGAUGGAAGGGGCUGCAACGUAUGGUCACUUCAACGUGCUCAAGUGGUUGCAUGAGCUUAAUUCGUUCACUGCAACGACAUACGUGAUGGACGAAGCGGCCUCAUACGGCCAUCUACAAAUUGUCCAAUGGCUUCACAGCCAUCGACACGAAGGCUGCACCGGAGCUGCCAUGGAUGGCGCGGCGGCAAAUGGACAUUUCAGUGUUGUGAAGUGGCUCCAUCGCUAUCGAACGGAAGGGUGUACAAUCGACGCCAUGAAUUUUACAGCUGCCAUGGGUGACCUGACGAUGGUGGAGUUCCUUCACACCCACCGAACCGAAGGCUGCACGUCCCAUGCAAUGGAUUGUGCGGCGGCAAACGGACACUUGACAGCGGUGAUGUUUUUGCACGCGCACCGAAGCGAAGGAGGCACAAACUAUGGAUUCGAGUGGGCAGUAAUGGAAGGCCGCUUGGGGGUCGCCAAGUGGCUACACACGAUACAAGGGCGGGCGGUUUCCAGAGGCACUCUCAUGUUCGCCGCUCGUAACGGAGACUUGGCGGCGAUGCGGUGGGCCUUGCUCCAUUCGUCAGAAGAUAUAAGUGGCGUCCCGUUUGCAGACUAUGCAAUUGACGAGGGGCGGCUAUCGAUGGUACAUUUGUUGCUGGACAUGGGUUGUACGUGGACGAUGGGGGCGAUGGAUCAUACGGCAGAACGUGGUCACUUGGCAAUCUUGAUCAAGUUACAAGGCCAUUGGAUGUAUCGUUAUGUCAAAGCGAUGCAAAAUUUGAUUGCAAUGUACUUGGAAGCGGUCGAGGCGGCUGGUGGCCUCAGAGACGCCGAGCCACCACCGAGCAAAAGACAGUGUUUAUAG